AUGUAUCGUACAUUACUGUUUAUUGUCAGUUUCUUUACUUUUUCGUUAAUUAAUUUAUCAAACCAAGAUGUUGAAAAUUUGAGAUCCAAAAAAUUAUCCAUGGAAUAUUCACUUGAACAAACUAGAAAUCAAACUAUAGACGACGUGAAAUAUGCGAUAGACGCUUUAGAUGAAAUUGAGACAUUACAAAAUGAAUUCAAUAAAGAAAUAUCUGGUAAUAACAAAUCAAUUAAUAACUAUAUAGAAUGUUGUAGAAUAAAAGCGGAAGCAUUUUUUGGUGCUUCAUUAAUGACAAGAGUAACAAUACCGGAAAGUUUGAAAUUAAUCGACUGUUACAAUGAACAACAGUCAACGUAUAAACUUACAUAUGAAUUUCAAUUAAACAUUGCCAAUGAAAUUAAUAAACGUUUAUCAAAAUACGAAAAAUUGAUAAUGAAAAAAGAUGAUAUUGAAUUCAACUUCGAAAAUUCAGAACGUAUGCCUUAG